AUGGCCCGCCGCCUUGCCUUCACCUGGCUCGCUGUGCAGCUUCUUAUGCUGUUGCUGCAGACGACGCCUUUUGCAAAUGCCAUCCCCAUGCCCCAGGAUCAGACUCCUGGCCUGACCACCCCCCCAUACUGGCUGGGCUCCAUCAAACGCCAGGGUGCAGCCGCCUUCAACCCAAACAGCGCUUAUCAAGUGUUCAGAAACGUCAAAGACUUUGGUGCAAAGGGCGACGGAUCCACCGAUGAUACCGAAGCAAUCAACAAUGCAAUUUCCUCGGGCUCCAGAUGUGGUUCGGGCUGCGACUCAUCAACCAUCACUCCCGGCCUGGUCUACUUCCCUCCCGGCACCUACGUCGUUUCGAAGCCGAUCAUCCAGUACUAUUAUACGCAGCUUGUGGGCGAUGCUGUCAACCCUCCCACCCUGAAGCCCACCGCGAGCUUCGUGGGCAUCGCGGUGAUCGACGCUAAUCCGUACAAUGAGAAGGGGCAGAAUUGGUACACCAACCAGAACAAUUUCUUCCGCCAGGUUCGCAACUUCGUCAUUGACCUCACGGGAAUGAACAUGGGCUCUGGCGCCGGCAUCCAUUGGCAAGUUGCACAAGCGACCAGCCUGCAGAACAUCCGCUUUGAGAUGGUGCGGGGCGGCGGCGAUGCAAACAAACAGCUUGGUAUCUUCAUGGAGAACGGCUCUGGCGGUUUCAUGACCGAUCUUGUGUUCAAUGGUGGCAACUACGGCGCGUUCUUCGGCAACCAGCAGUUCACCACACGCAACCUGACCUUCAAUGACUGCAACACCGCCAUCUUUAUGAACUGGAACUGGGCCUGGACCUUCAAGUCGCUGACCAUCAACAACUGCGCGGUGGGUCUGAACAUGUCCAACGGGAUCACUAACCAAACCGUCGGCUCCGUCUUGAUCCUCGAUAGCAAGAUCAACAACACACCCCGCGGCAUUGUGACAGCAUUCGAUAGCGGCGUGCCCGAGGCGGGCGGCACUCUCAUCUUAGAUAACGUCCAGUUUGCCGGUUCAAGCGAGGCCGUUUCCAACGUGCAAGGGGGCCGGAUCUUGGGAGGCGACACCACCAUUGGCCACUGGGUGCAGGGCAAUGCCUAUCUUCCUGGCUCUGGCUCGGGUGCGUCCAAGGGCAAAAGAGACACCACCCGGACAUCGACGUUGGUUAAAGUCGCCACCGUGAUUGACUGCCCGGAGACUCCACUCCCGUCGAUCCCUGUUCCUGUUCCUGGCACUAGCUCUGCGCAGGUGCCACCUACACCUACACCUCCCGCUUCCAACGUCCCUAGCAGUAGUGGUAAUCCGACCGGCCCAAGCCAGAGCGGGAGCGUUCCCGGCGUACCUCAACCUUCUGCUCCCGCGCCUUCAAAUACUGCCGCUCCUUCGCCUCCUGUUCCUACACCUUCCCCAUCUUCCCCUACGAGCCCUAGCGCGAGCCAGAGCGAAACCUGUGCGAGGACUGCGGUCACUAAAACCAGAGCCCGGACCGCGCUCCCUGGUCCUACGAAACCAGCUGUGCUCUUGGAUCAAUCCGGUAAAGUCUUCGAGCGCUCGAAGCCCCAAUACCAAAAUGUUCCUGCGUCGUCGUUUAUCAGUGUCAAAUCCGCUGGAGCCAAGGGAGAUGGAAAGACCGACGAUACCGCCGCAAUCCAAAGGGUUUUGGACAGCGCUCAGCCCAACCAAAUCGUGUAUUUUGACCACGGCGCGUAUCUGAUCACAACCACGCUCAGAAUUCCAAAGAACAUCAAGAUCACCGGUGAAAUCUGGCCGCUGCUGAUGGCCACUGGCCCCGCGUUUUCUGACGAGAAGAACCCCAUCCCCAUGCUCCAAGUUGGCAAACCUGGCGACAGAGGCACUGUCGAGAUUUCAGACCUCAUGAUCGAAACCAAGGGUCCCACGCCCGGCGCCAUCCUGGUCGAGUGGAAUGUUCACGAAGAGUCUCAAGGAUCCGUUGGAAUGUGGGACGUCCAUUUGCGCGUCGGCGGUUCCGCAGGCACCGAUCUCCAGAGCAACCGCUGCGCCAAGACCCCAAACUCCACCACCACUCCGAAUCCUCAAUGCAUCAGCGCUUUCAUGCUGCUCCAUGUCACGGCGUCGGGGUCGGGAUACUUCGAGAAUACCUGGUUUUGGGUUGCCGAUCACGAGCUAGAUUUGACUGAUUUUGGACAAAUUAACAUCUACAAUGGAAGAGGCGUCCUUAUUGAGAGCCAGGGUCCGGUUUGGAUGUAUGGCACGGCGUCGGAGCACAACACCCUGUACAACUACCAGAUCAACAAAGCUAAGAACGUUUAUAUGGCCUUGAUCCAGACCGAAACUCCGUACUUCCAAUCUAAUCCUGAUGCGCUGGUGCCCUUCCAGCCCAUGGCAAAAUUCGACGAUCCAACAUUCGGCGACUGCACCACCGCCGCGUGCAAGAAAGCAUGGGGCCUCCGUAUCUUGCAGUCGAGUGACGUCUACUUAUACGGUGGUGGUCUGUACAGCUUCUUCGAGAACUACAACCAAGAUUGCCUGCAGACCGAGUCCUGCCAGCUCAACAUGAUCGAGGUCGACUGCUCCGACGUGUACUUGUAUGCACUGAGCACCAAGGCCAGCACGAACAUGAUCACCUCGAAUGGCCAAGCUUUGAUCUUGCAGAAGGAUAAUAGAAACAACUUCUGUUCGACCUUUGCAUUCUUCCACCAAGGCCUUUAA